GGCUCUGUGGAGUCAUAGGAGUGAGCCACGCCGGGGCUGUGGGAAUAAGAUGGCGGGGAAGAAGAAUGUUCUGUCGUCUCUGGCAGUUUACGCGGAAGAUUCAGAGCCCGAGUCUGACGGCGAGGCAGGAGUUGAAACGGCGGGCGGCGCAGCUGAGGAGAAAGGCGGAUUGGUGUCUGAAGCCUAUGGAGAGGAUGAUUUUUCUCGCCUCGGGGGUGAUGAAGAUGGCUAUGAAGAAGAGGAGGAUGAGAACAGCAAACAGUCGGAAGAUGACGAUUCAGAGACUGAAAAACCUGAGGCUGAUGACCCAAAGGAUAACCCAGAAGUAGAAAAGCGAGAUCCCCAGGAAUUAGUUGCCUCCUUUUCUGAAAGAGUCCGGAACAUGUCACCUGAUGAAAUCAAGAUCCCGCCGGAGCCGCCCGGCAGAUGCUCAAAUCACUUACAGGACAAGAUCCAGAAGCUUUAUGAGCGGAAGAUAAAGGAAGGAAUGGAUAUGAACUACAUUAUCCAAAGGAAGAAGGAAUUUCGGAAUCCCAGCAUCUAUGAGAAGCUCAUCCAGUUCUGUGCGAUUGACGAGCUCGGCACCAACUACCCGAAGGAUAUGUUUGACCCCCAUGGCUGGUCUGAAGACUCCUACUAUGAGGCAUUAGCCAAAGCCCAGAAGAUUGAAAUGGACAAAUUGGAAAAGGCCAAAAAGGAGCGAACCAAAAUAGAGUUUGUGACGGGCACCAAGAAAGGGACCACGACCAACGCCGCCGCCGCCACCACCGCCACGGCCAGCACAGCUGUUGCAGACGCCCAGAAGAGAAAGAGCAAGUGGGACUCGGCCAUCCCGGUGACGACGAUAGCCCAGCCCACCAUCCUCACCACUACGGCCACCCUACCCGCUGUCGUCACGGUGACGACCAGUGCCAGUGGCUCUAAGACCACCGUUAUCUCUGCCGUGGGCACCAUCGUGAAGAAGGCCAAGCAGUGACCUGAGGGACCAGCUCGGGGUGGCUCGGACAUUCUCCUUUCCUUCAAGGGGAGGAGCCACUCUGGGACUUGACGAGACUGUGCAGCCCGGUGACCUACGCCCACUGGGAGGCACCACUUUGUAUAUUUCAGGACUGGGACCUGCUCCCCGAGUGCCACCCCGAGAGGAGACUCCGUGCAGCCUUCCAGCUGGAAGAGACGUUGCUGCAGCAGAGUGGGGCACUGUGGACAGUGUCCUCCACACCGUGGGGUCUGCCGCCCUAUUAAAAGCACUGUAUCCUUACAUCUCA